AUGUGGUUCAAUGCCGGCUUUGGCAGUUUUCGUCGCUUUCACUCCAACAUCAAGCUACGAAGAAGAGAUGUCCAAGAAUUCUAUAUGGAUCUAGAGAACUUCUACAGAAAACACUUUUUCUACAAGGUAAUUGUUGGUGAUAGAGAUGGACAAGUCAUUCCAGAGGUUCUCCCGUCCGAAAUACGACAUGCUAUCAUGUCAAUAAGAAAUCGUUCGGCACCCGGUCCCGACAGAAUAAGACCAGAACACCUGAAGAACCUUCCGCCAGUACUCAUCAACACCCUGGCGAGGUUCUUUUACGUUAUCUGUCGAAAUGCAAGGUUCCUAAACAGUGGAAGACCAGCAAGACCGUGUUGUUGUAUAAAAAGGGAGAUCCACAUCUGCCUGCUGUCCGUCAUCUACAAGCUCUUUACAAGAGUAAUCCUUAAUAGGAUUGAAAAAGUCUUGGAUGAAGGACAGCCAUGCGAGCAAGCAGGGUUUCGAAAAGGAUUCAGCACGAUUGACCACAUUCACACUGUUUCGAAACUCAUCGAGGUAUCACGAGAGUACAAGAUGCCGCUCUGUCUCACCUUCAUCGACUUAAAGAAGGCCUUCGACUCAGUUGAGACGGAAGCGGUCGUGGAAGCCUUGGACAACCAAGGCGUCCCUACUCAGUACAUAAAGGUACUUCGAGAGUUGUACAGUAAAUUCACGACCGGAAUUUCGCCAUUCUACAAGAACAUCAUCAUUGACGUGAAGAGGGGGGUCCGACAGGGCGAUACAAUCUCACCCAAAAUAUUCACAGUCACUUUCGAGAACGCAAUGCGAAAGUUGGAAUGGGACGACAUGGGAGUGAAGGUUGAUGUUCGGCAGCUACACCAUUUGCGCUUUGCUGAUGACAUCGUACUGGUAACACCUAGCAUCAGCCAAGCGGAACGAAUGCUGACCGAAUUCGACGAAACAUGUGGAUGCAUCGGUCUUCAGCUGAAUCUACAAAAGACGGUGUUCAUGCGGAACGGAUGGGUCUCGUAUGCCCCAUUCACGCUCAACGGAACGAACAUAUCCGAAUGCACCAGCUACGUUUAUCUGGGUCGGGAACUAAACAUGAUGAACGACCUGACCCCCGAGCUAGGCAGGAGGAGUCGAGCGGCUUGGGGAGCGUACAAGAGCAUCGGGGAUGUAGUGAAGAAGACCAGGAACACCCGGCUCCGUGCUCACCUCUUCAACACCACCGUACUUCCUGCUUUGACCUAUGCUUCUGAAACCUGGGCAUUUCGCAAGCAGGAAGAAAACGCGGUGAGCGUCAUUGAACGCGCAAUUGAGAGAGUGAUGCUAGGAGUAUCCCGUUUCACGCAAGUGAGGGACGGGAUUCGAAGUUCUCUCCUACGUCAGCGAUCGAAGAUUAGAGAUGCUGCCGCGUUUGCCAAGGAAAGUAAAAUAAGGUGGGCCGGACACGUGAUGCGCUCUAAUGACAACCGUUGGACCAGAGCGUGA